CGGGGACAAAAAUGUGAUAGUUUACCAUCUCUUGGGAUGUAGCCGUGCAAAACUUGCCCUGAAAUAAUUUUUUAGGGACGAAUGAUGUGCGGGACGUUCAACCUGCAAACACAUUUUAUAUCCGUUAUGAACAGGGUAAGCGAAACGAGUUUUUCAUUAGAUAUCAACUAUCAAGAAUUGGUGGAGCCUCACAAUUGAUGAACAAAUGAUAGCAAUAUUUUUUUGCAUGUAAGAGGUUGACAGUGCAACCGAAUGGUUGGUGGAGCCUGCUUACCUGUUCUUGUACGUUUCCCAUUUUAUAUUUUCUCAGUCCCAGGCAGUUAAUGUUAAUGGACUUAGUGUUUUGACUACUGUAUCCCUCCCUGUAGUUCUGAACUGAUUAAGCAACUAAAGAAACAAAAUGAUAUAUAGGUAAUUUUCUAUUUUGUCUAGAAGUUUUAGUUGACCGUCGCCUGAAAUAUAAGUAAUGCAGUUCUGUUCAAUCUCUUUUGUCUCACUCGAAAGGAAAUACAAUGAAAGCAGCGAGGAAAGGACACAUGGAGCUAUAUAUGUGGUCUGCCUUGAUGUAAGAUUUACUCUAAUUCUCCAACUACCGCUUCCAAUCCUUGCUCCAUAUUCUAUUCAUGAUAUUUAACUACUACAUAAUUCGUAUCUAAAUUGACGAGUGGGGUGUUCGUCUAGAUAUAUAAUGUAAUCCUCAGUCCUCCCUCACCUUCAUAAGAAUACUGCUCAAGCGAUGCAAGGUUCGAGUCUUGAAAAGAUGUUGAAGACGGUACCAUCUAAAGCUUUGGUUACCAGAAUCAAUUUGGUCUUCCUUCUUGUCUUUCUGGUUGUUUAUGCAACCCUUCUUCUCCGUCCAUCUUCUUCCGUCUAUUUUGAGAAUGCAGCUUCCCUUGUGAGGUGCUCCUUGCGCGAAUGUCAUCACAAGGCAGAAAAAAGCUUCAAAAUGAAAGCAGUAUUGGAGGAACCUCAAGCGAAAUCAGAGAAGCAAAAUAAGAGUGCAAUUAAGAUAGAGGUACCUGGCUUCUUUCGCGAGUUGGGGAAAGGAAUGAAGAUCGGAAUGGUGAACAUGAAUGAAGACGAUGUCAGUGAAUGGAGCUCGCAUGGAGAAACAAUACCAGUUCAUUUUGAGAGGGUCUCACAGUUUUUCAAUUGGACCGACUUGUUUCCUGAAUGGAUAGACGAGGAGGAAGAGAGUGACGUGCCGUCAUGCCCGGAGAUACCUAUGCCAGAGUAUGCAGACUAUGGAAGCAUGGACGUGAUCGUGGCUAAGCUGCCAUGCAAGUAUCCUGAAGAGGGGUGGGGGAGGGACGUUUUUCGGUUGCAAGUUCAUCUUAUUGUGGCAAAUCUAGCCGUGAAGAAUGGGAAGAGGAAUUGGAAAUGGAAGACAAGAGUGGUUUUGUUCAGCAAGUGUAGACCAAUGCUGGAGCUGUUUCCAUGCGACCACUUGGUUAGGCGGGAAGGUGAUUGGUGGUAUUAUGAACCUGAUUUUACGAGGUUAGAACACAAGGUUUCAUUGCCUGUUGGGUCCUGCAAGUUGGCCUUGCCUCUCUGGGAACAAGGAAUUGACGAGGUGUACGAUUUGUCCAAGAUUGAGAAAAGCGUGACAAGCAGAGGGAGAAUCAAACGCGAGGCAUACGCCACGGUCCUGCACUCCUCAGAAGCCUAUGUUUGUGGUGCAAUAACACUCGCACAAAGCCUCGUCCAAACAGGGACCCAACGCGACCUUAUCCUGCUCAUAGACAAGUCUAUCUCUGUUCCCAAACGGCAGGCCCUGGCGGAUGCGGGCUGGAAGAUCCGAAUCAUAAACCGGAUCCGAAACCCGAAAGCAGAGAAAGGCAGCUACAACGAAUACAACUACAGCAAGUUCAGGCUAUGGCAACUGACGGACUACGACAGAAUCAUCUUCAUCGACUCCGACAUCAUCGUCCUUCGUAAACUGGACAUCCUCUUCCACUUCCCGCAAAUAUCGGCGACGGGUAACGACCAAUCGAUCUUCAACUCUGGCAUAAUGGUGAUCGAACCGUCGAACUGCACGUUCGGCAUAUUGAUGAGCCACCGAAACGACAUCGUUUCGUACAACGGUGGGGACCAAGGGUUUCUGAACGAGGUGUUCGUGUGGUGGCACAGGUUACCUCGGAGGGUUAAUUUCCUGAAGAAUUUCUGGGCGAAUACGACGUUGGAGGCGAGUGUGAAGAACGGGUUGUUGGGGGCGGAGCCGCCCAAGGUUUACGCGAUUCACUAUCUGGGUUGGAAGCCAUGGCAUUGUUACAGGGACUAUGACUGUAACUGGGACGUGGAGGAACAGAGGGUGUAUGCGAGUGACGUGGCACACCGUAGGUGGUGGAAACUUCACGAUGCAAUGGAUGAGAGUUUGCAGAGUUUGUGUAGGUUGACCAAACAACGUAGGACUGAGUUGAACUGGGAAAGGAGGAAAGCUGGUAAAAAGGGAUUACCCGAUGGCCAUUGGAAAAUCAAUAUUACCGAUCCUAGACGAUUGGGCUCUCUUUUGAUUCAUUAGAUUUACAUUUCAAUAUUUUCAUUCUUUUUUUCCUUUCCUUUACACACUGCACCUUCUCUUCUCUCCUCUCCAUCCUGUUUAUUUAUUUUGUGUGUGAAUAGGUCCUACCAUCCAUCCAUUUUGAGAGUAUGCUUGAGUUAAAGGGUAGCUAUUGCUCAUUUCCACACAAUUCUCCCAGAUUUAAUAACAACAGCAAUGGCUUAACCACUUUCCAGAAUUUAUAAUUAUAAGCCG